UACCCAGAGAGUAUGUGAACAAAAUGUGCAUGCGCAAUGCUCAUCCUCUAGAUGAGACGGACGUGAUAGUGGUUGAAAACGUUGGGUGGAGAAUUGGAAUCGGUGACUGCUGGUGUUUGUAGAAGGGUACUGGCAAGGAGAGGAGAGUUGCUCCAAGAGGAAAAAGAUGUUUUGAACAAGAUACUCAGCUAUUCCUAUUGUGAUGUAGACCAGGAAUAUGACUGAAAACAAAGAUUUAGAGGCAGAGAUACAUCCUCUGAAAAAUGAAGAAGUCAGAACUCAAGACUUGAAUGAAGCUUCUGACAAGCCCAAAGAAACCAAGUCCAGGAAGGUUACAAAAUUUCAUCAGCUGUCCUGGUGGAGAACUGCUGCCUUUUUCUUGGUGUUAUUUUUAUGCCUCAUUGUGGUGUUUGCAUUUUCCUUCAUAAUUCCCUGCCCAGUGAGGCCUUCAUCACAAAGGACAUGGAAUAGAACAUUUGAAAAUGCAGUAACUUACCCUUUUCUCAUACUGUGGGAUGCAAACAAAGACAAAGUUGCAGAUGUGAUGUUUGCGUUCAAGGAUGCCAACGACACUAAUAAUGGGUCGUGUUCAAAUGAUGAGGGCCUUUCCCAUCCUUGUGCACAUCUAACACUUCUCUCCGGAACAAAUGGGAGCCUCCUUUGGAAGACAGCUAUAACAGAGGAUAUUCAACACAUUGAAUGUGGGCUACAAAAUCUUGGUGGUACGAAGUCUUCAGGGUGCCUAGUUAUUGGAAUCAACCAAUACCUUUCUACAAUCAGUUCUUCUGGUGAAACAUUGUGGAGACUCAAUACCAGUCUUACUGCUGACCUUUCAGUGAUUAGUCCUGCACUGGUGCUUCCAGACCUAGAUGAUGAUGAAGUUGGAGAUUUUUUGCUGUUAUUUGUACCUGCUGAUCAGGGUAUCUCAGUUAAUACAUUGAUUUUCCUUCUAAUAUCUGGAAAGAAUGGAGAUCCCAUUGGUGAAAAAGUGUACCGCAGUAUUACCAAAGGUUUCAUGCCUUCCAGUCCCCUGAUUCAUAUUACCAAUACUGGGGCCUACUAUAUUCUCUUUAUUCAAGGAAAUGGGCAAGGAGUGGCACUAAAAGAUAUUUAUGCACAAGCAACUGGAUUGCCACUUUCAACGUCGAAACUGAAUCCAAUAUUAAAUAAAUCGGAUCCCGAAUGGGAGAAAAAGACUGAUACUGUGUCUGGAAUGGUAGAAGUGUACAGUUCCCAGACUACUAAAUAUCUUCAGCCGAUUCAUGUCCCAGGAAAGAAUGCUGGCAAACUGCUAAUUAGCACAAAUGAUACAGUUGAGCUUUUGGAUGGACAGAACUUGCAGACCUAUUGGUAUCGUAAUCUAUCACAGAUUCAAGGGGUGCCAUUACCUGGUUAUUUUAACAUGGAUGAUGUGUUUGAUUUUUUAAUUGAAGAUUUAAUUGAAAAGGACAAAAAGAAGGUUAUCAUUGUGGAUGGUAAAAGUGGCAAAAUACUAUGGGAGGAAGAAUUAAUAUGCAGGGAGAACUGUCCAAAACCAUCUUCCAUUAACACCAUGUCCCAGUCAAUGUUUCUUUUCUGGGGUGAACUUCCGACACAAAACAAUAUUUCUUUGCAGGAAGGUUUCUCUGAGAAAAGUUAUAAUCUUUAUAUGGUUCAUCCAUUACACCCAAACGUCAUUCUGGAGUUAAGAAAUAGCACCGAGAAUGUGAUUGCAUUCACCACUGCCUUAUUUGAACAAAGCAGACAUGCAGGAAGCGUACUGUUAUUGGGGCAGCCUUUGGGAAACGAACCAGGACCUUUGAAGAUAAUCAAACAAAAACUGAAAGACAUCAUCAGUGUGAGCAGGGUUAGACGUCUAAAGAAAGGACAUGAUGACUUUAGUGAUGAUGAACUUAAAGAAUAUUUUUACAGAAUGAGAUACAGCAGCUAAUGGUAAAUUGUAAAAUCAAUGAAGGUUUAUUUACUGCAAAUGUUUUCAUCUCUUGCUAAUCAAAAGUUCUGAAGUUUGACCAUAUAUUUAGUUUCUAAAAUGUGCACUUCAAUAUUCUUCAUAUUGUAAAAUAAUGAUGUGAUAAAGUAAUGCAGAAUUAUAUUGAUAGCAAUAAAUGAGGAUCUUCACCCACCCUCAUGAAAAACAUUAAGAUUUAUUGCAGUUGGUUUUAAUAUACUGUUCAUCAAUGUAUUUUAUUGAGCAAACUUACUAACAUCUAUUAAUUCAGUACAAGAAUUUUAAAUUACAGAUUAAAAACUUGAUUUGUAAAAUAGAAACUGUUCACAUACAGAAAUAAUAAUGGUCCCAAAUUAGAAUGCCUUUAACUUGAAAAGUCUCUCCUGAAGUUGUAUUUUACUUAACUGUGAAUGCAAGCAAAAUAAGAUAUUGCUUUGUUAGAGCAAAGUGCACAACCCUAAUUAUCUGGCAGCUUUAGAAUCUUUUCAAUAUUAUAAUUAAUAUUGAAGUUAUAUUCUAAAUAAUUGUUUCCUCAGUGUGAAUUCUAAUAGAAUUUGUAUAUAUGAUCAUGGGAAAUUAAGGGUUGAAAAUAACACUGCUGCUAUUUCCACCUGAUUGUCAAUUGCUUGUAGAUAUACAACUAUUUAUUUUUAAAAAAAGAUAUACAAAGUUAAGUAAAUCUUAUACCUGAGCGGAAUAGGUUUUAAGGUCUUUGUAUACGUUGGAAUCUGGCAAUGGUAAGACUGCACUUUCAGUAAGGAUUUUCAAAUAUAACUCAAUAUAUUUGCAAGAGUAUAUUAGAGAAGAAACUCAAUUCCCCUUUCCAAAAUUAAUACCCAUUGUAUUAAAGAAAGUAAAAUUAUAUGUAAUCAUUCAAAUCAAAUGGGGUCAUUAUGGAGUUACGUCCACAAAAUCCCAACAGCCAACACUGAAAGCCAAAAUUCUUCCAAAGGGAUUUCAAACAGUUUUAUAAACGAGAGGACUUCAUGCACUACUUGAACUUUCAGUUUGGACACUGGUUCAACUUGUAAAUGUUGUGGCAAUAAUAUGGGUUCCACUACUAUCCUUUGGUUUACAUUUAAAACCAUGCACAUUUACUAAUGUAGUUCACAUAAUGAUCACUUUCCACGUCCUUGGGAUGGAAAGGAAUGAAUAGAAAGUCAGGAUAGAAAGGGACUGUAGAAAGUGAAGUGUAAAGGUUGAAGAAUAGAAAAUAAGGGUUAGAAUGUAUGGGACAGGUUAUGUUUGAAGUUAGAUGUGUGUUGAAGAACUGCACUUUCAAAAUUGUCAUGCUGCUUAUUUCUUGCCAACUAUCACUGCUUUUUGAACACAAACGUGCAGUUAUUCAAAAACAGAGUAGUGCGCAAUGGUCAUAGAGUUUGCGCAACUGAUGCUAGUUAGAAACUGCUCAGCAACAGUGUCCUGUCCCCACUAAGCGACAUAGAGUCCCAAAUAAAUGCUGACUAUUUCUUGGUUAGUGUUUGUUCUUUAAGAGUUGUUCCAAAUAAGCAGCUGCUCUGAUUAACUGAUGGACCAAUUAAUUGGAAUGCACUGUAUUUGUAUGAUGCCGGAGGAAUGUAAGAUAAAGAUGGACUUGCAACAAUAUGUUUUGCUUACUGCUUCCAUGUAUUGUUGCACUCCAAUUUUAGACUAAAAUAAUUUAGGGAGAUGUAAUUUAUACAAAAUGUGAUAAUCCUUUUAUGUGCACAAGUCAAAUAUAGGUAACUGUGUAGUAAUUGACCCUAAUAUUUCAAACCACAAAAUAUGAUCAUCCCAGAUUUGGAAAAAAGAUGAUAGAAAAUGCAUUUUGAUGGAUUUACUAGGAUUUAUUUUUAUUAUAAAUUGUUUUGACAUUCUGAAAAGUAUUUUUCACAAAUUGCAUAAUUUUUUAAUACUUAAUGUGUUAAGAGUACUCAAAAAUGACAUUCACAGAAGCUGAUUUUAAGAAUAGGGUUUCUAUUAGGCAAUCAAUGAUGAAUACUGUGAACCUUGGUCUGUAUUAUAAUAUGUAUAUGGUGUAUUGUUUAAAAUUAUGCUAAGUACAAUAUAAAGAACCAUUUUAGUUGCAUUUAAUUACAAACUUAUUGCUCCUCCUAGAUCUUUAUUAAUGAAGAAACCUGGCUGAGCAAAGCAGCUUAAGUGCACCUUUGAAAAGAGUUAUGGAGAAAAUAAGUUUCCUCCUUAAAACAGGUCAACUCAUUUAUUAAAGAAAGAAAAGAAACAUUGGGAAAUCAAGAAGCACUGAUUAGUGAUUAUAUUGUGUCAAUGUGCCAUCUUUACCAAUAAAAUAUUUCUGCAGCUGUGGCUGAACAUAUGCCAAAUGGCCUUAAGUGAUUGAUUGCCAGUAUUGAGCAGGUUAUUUUAAUAUGUGGGAAAAGAUCUACAAUACUAUUUAUUAUUCCAUAAUAAGUAAAAUUAUUUACUAUACAAAUUACAACAGAAAACUAAUGGCCGAAGUUGCAAAAACAAUGCACAGUAAUUUUUCUGCCUUGGUUGGCUGUGAUACUUUAGUCUGAGUCAUAAGGUUAUAGUUUAAGACUCAUUUCAGGGCCUGAACCAUAGGAUUCAGGCUAGCACAGUAGAUUAACUCCAGUGACUAAUGUGUUUUUGGAUGAAAUGUUGAAUUGGCUUUCUUGAAUUAAAAUAUCCAGUGACAUUUCUAGAAAGCAGAGCCAUUCACCCUGAUGUACUUGCCAAUAUUAUUCUUCAAGGAAUAAAAUAGAUAAUUUGGAUAUUUUUAAGUUAUUUUGUCAUUGUUUCUGGAAGUUUGCUAUAUAAAUUUGCUGCCUUAUUUCCUAUAUUACAAUAGUGACCGGAUCUCAAAAAUAAUUCAUGGGUUAUAAGCACUGUACAAUUUUCUGAAGUCAUGAAAAAGGCUACUUUUUGUUUCUUCUUUCUUGAGUAACCAGUAUGUUGGUGUAGACAAUAAAUAAAAUUUCAGUUUAAUGAUCACAGCAAAAUGAAUUGUUGCUAUCAGCAUGAACUUUAUGCUUGAUGUUUUAAAUUAAUAAACUCAAUAUUCUAAUUAAGGUUUAAAUGCCUCCAAAGAGUAUGAGUUGAUUAUCAUAAACAUUUACAAAAUAGUUAAUAUAUUGUAUCUGUAUGACUAAUUUAUUGAUGUGUAUUCUCACUGCUUAUUUUAUAUUACAUAUUUGCAAUCUUAACUUUUUUUUUAGCAAACACGAGGAAAUCUGCGGAUGCUGGAAAUUCAAGCAACACACAAAAUGCUGGUGGAACACAGCAGGCCAGGCUCUAUAGGGAGAAGCACUGUCAAUGUUUCGGGCCGAGACCCUUCAAUAGGACUCCUGAUGAAGGGUCUCGGCCCGAAACGUUGACAGUGCUUGCCUGCUGCGUUCCACCAGCAUUUUGUGUGUGUUGCUUAACUUUUUAUUUGUGUUGGACAAUGACACAAGUUGAUUACACAGAUAGCAACAUUUUGGGCAUUCACUGAUUAAAAAUCAUUAAGUUAAACAUGCCAAAAACAGAUUGCUAAUUUAAUCCAACCUAUCUUUGUAAGCAAAGAAAAAUAAAUAUAGAUAAAACAGAAGUUCACAUUACUAAAGUAUUAAUAUUUCAAAACUGUAUUUCUUCGUUGGUGACCUUGUAUGUGCAGAGUACCAGUUACCUUGAGAAUAUGAUAAUAUCAUUACUUUGUGUUAUGUGGUUUUCUUUGUAUGUACUCCAAUAUGCUACACUGAUUAAUUAGCAUUCAUUUUACCAUAUGUACAUUAAGUUUAAUGUAUUUUGAAAUUAACUGCUUAUGGUUUGAGUACCUUAUAACAUUUAGAUAUAAUGGCAGAUUGCACUUAUUUUCAUGUUUUACAAUGGUGUUCUUGUAUCAAAGAUGGGAAAUACUGUGAGAUAUAUGUGAUUCAUAAUAAAUUCCUGUUUAUCCAGCUGAAUAAUUUGCUCUUUUAUAACUU